AUGGAAUACGAGGAUGUUUUGACAAAUCAGCCUGUUGUCAUUGAUAAUGGUUCUGGUGUAAUUAAAGCUGGUUUUGCUGGUGACGAUCUUCCAAAAUGUUUUAUUUCUUCAUAUGUUGGACGACCAAAACAUGUACGUAUUAUGGCAGGUGCAGUAGAAGGUGAUGUUUUUAUUGGACGUAAAGCUCAAGAAUUGCGAGGACUACUUAAAAUAAGGUAUCCAAUUGAACAUGGAAUUGUAUCCGAUUGGGAUGAUAUGGAACUACUUUUGACUGAAGCACCACUAAAUCCAAGAAAUAAUAGAGACUCUGCUGCACAAAUGUUUUUUGAGACAUUUAAUGCACCAGCUAUGUUCACGUCUAUUCAAGCUGUUUUAAGUCUUUAUUCUUCAGGUAGAACAACUGGUAUAGUUCUUGAUUCUGGUGAUGGUGUAACUCAUGCUGUGCCAGUAUAUGAAGGAUUUGCUCUUCCUCAUGCUAUUCGUAGAGUUGAUAUUGCUGGCCGUGAUGUUACAGAAUAUUUACAAUUGCUUCUUCGUAAAGCUGGUUAUAACUUUCAUACCACGUCUGAAAAAGAAGUUGUUCGUAUUAUAAAAGAAAAAACUUGUUAUGUUGCAUUGAAUCCAAGUAAAGAAGAAAAGGAUACUAGUAGAGAAUUUAACGAUUUUAUAUUACCUGACGGUAAUGUUGUUAAGUUGAAAACUGAAAGAUUUAAAGCACCAGAAAUUUUAUUCAAUCCAGAAUUAAUUGGACAAGAAUAUGCAGGUGUUCAUCAAGUUGUUGUUGAUUCAAUCAAUAGAGCUGAUUUAGAUUUAAGAAAAUCUUUAUUUGCAAAUGUUGUAUUGUCUGGUGGUUCAACACUUUACAAAGAUUAUGGUACAAGAUUGUUAAAUGAAGUGAGGAAAUUAGCUGUUAAAGAUAUCAAAAUCAAGAUUUUUGCACCACCAGAAAGAAAAUACAGCACAUGGAUAGGUGGAUCUAUAUUAGCAGCUUUAAAGUUUGGAACCGUUGGAUAUUAUCCGAUUGGAUCGGAUGAUAGAUUAGUAUUAGUAUUUGCGCGAAAAAUACGUAUCGGAAAGAGAUAUCAAGACAGUGAUAAAUUUAAUGAAUCAGAAGAAAUAAAAGAUACCAAAUCUAACAAAGAAGCAGAUUAUUCUGAAUUAUUUCCAAUUGUGGGAAUACUAAAUAAUCCAUCCGCCCUUUCUUGCUGUGGCCAACAUUCUAAAGAUGGAGGGUCGGGAAAAGGAACCCAGUCAUCUAAAAUAAACGAUAAUUUCGACAUUACUACUAUUUCAAGUGGUGACAUUCUUCGUCAGAAUAUAGCCCAUGGCACAAAAAUUGGUAAAAUUGCUGAAAAAGAAAUUAAACGUGGAGCAUAUGUUUCUGAUGAUAUUAUGAUCAAACUUAUAACCAAUAAACUUUCUACUCUUAAAAAUGAGAAUUGGCUAUUAGAUGGAUUCCCAAGGACUUUAAAUCAAGCAAUAGCUUUAGACAACAAUUUAAAGUUAAAUAAACAGCCAUUGAAUAUGGUUAUUAAUCUUCAUGUGCCCGAAGAAGUUAUCUUGCAAAGAAUAAUUGAUCGAUGGGUUCAUAUACCUUCGGGACGUGUAUAUAAUUUAAGUUAUGAUCCACCAAAAAUUUCUGGACUAGAUGAUGUAACAUGCGAAAGAUUAUCAAAACGUCCAGAUGAUAAUCCGGAAAUAUUCAAGAUUCGGCUCCAAAAAUAUCAUGAAUUAACAGAGCCUUUGCUGGAAUAUUAUUCGAAACAUAACUUAUUGAUAACAUGUAGUGGACAUACAAGUGAUGAAAUUUAUCCAAAAAUUCAACACGAAUUGAUUAAUAGAUUUGGUACUGGCAUCGAAGAAAACUUUGUUAAUAAUGAACCUAAAGAUGAAAAUGUUUUAGAUGUUGUUAAUUUGAAUUGA